CCCGUUUCCUGUCGUGAGUGCGCGUCCAACGCUGGAUGUGAGCGCCACUGUGAGCUGUCUCUUCCCCCAGAUCGAAGAUGGCGGUGUCGGUGUUUCCCGGCGUGCGGCUCCUCUCUAUCGGAGACGCAAACGGAGAAAUACAGCGUCACUCCGAGCAGCAGCCUCUACGACUGGAGGUGAAAGCCACACAGGACGCGGCCCUGAUCAACCUCUCCAAUGCAGAGGAGACAUGCGUGUUCAAGUGUUCGGUCUCCCGGGACACAGAGUGCAGUCGCGUGGGGAAACAGUCGUUCAUCAUCACGCUGGGCUGCAACAGCGUCCUGCUACAGUUCACCUCACCUGCAGAGUUCUCAUCGUUCUAUAACCUCCUGAAGAACUGCCGCGGCCACAGUGGAGAGCAGUCGGUCUUCAGCGACAGGACAGAGGAAUCAUCCGCAGUACAGUACUUCCAGUUCUAUGGCUACCUCUCUCAGCAGCAGAACAUGAUGCAGGACUACGUCAGGACAGGAACCUAUCAGAGGGCCAUUCUCCAGAACCACAUUGACUUCAAGGAUAAGGUGGUGUUGGAUGUGGGCUGUGGUUCAGGGAUUCUGUCGUUCUUUGCUGCUCAGGCUGGGGCCAGAAAGGUCUACGCUGUGGAGGCCAGCACCAUGGCCCAGCACGCAGAGGUCCUGGUGAACACUAACCGUCUGGGGGACCGUGUGGUGGUGAUCCCUGGUAAAGUAGAGGAGGUUACGCUACCGGAGCAGGUGGACAUCAUCAUCUCAGAGCCCAUGGGUUACAUGCUCUUCAACGAGAGGAUGCUGGAGAGCUACCUCCACGCCAAGAAGUUCCUCAAGCCUAGCGGUAAAAUGUUCCCCACCAUCGGUGACGUGCACCUGGCCCCCUUCACAGACGAACAGCUCUACAUGGAGCAGUUCACCAAGGCCAACUUCUGGUACCAGCCUUCCUUCCAUGGUGUGGACCUCUCAGCCUUGCGAGGCGCAGCGGUGGACGAGUACUUUCGCCAGCCCAUUGUGGACACAUUUGAUAUCCGUAUCUUGAUGGCCAAGUCUGUCAAAUACACAGUCAACUUCCUGGAGGCCAAAGAGGAGGAUUUGUACAGGAUAGAGAUUCCCUUUAAGUUCCAUAUGAUGCACUCAGGGCUGGUGCACGGCCUGGCCUUCUGGUUCGAUGUAGCGUUCAUAGGAUCAAUGGUGACAGUGUGGCUCUCCACGGCUCCCACAGAGCCCCUGACCCACUGGUACCAGGUCCGCUGUCUGCUCCAGUCACCCCUCUUCACCAAGGCAGGAGACACACUCUCCGGCACAGCACUGCUCAUCGCCAACAAGAGACAAAGCUAUGACAUCAGUAUUGUUGCACAAGUGGACCAGACAGGCUCCAAGUCCAGCAACCUCCUGGACUUGAAGAACCCCUUUUUCAGGUACACAGGCAGCACCCCCACCCCCCCUCCUGGGUCGCACUACACCUCCCCCUCUGAGACCAUGUGGAACAAUGGGGGGGCCUACAGCAUGAGCCAGGGCAUGGCUGUGUCAGGGAUGCCUACAGCCUAUGACCUCAGUACGGUCAUGGGCAGCGGCUCGACGGUGUCCCACAACAACCUCAUCCCCCUCGUGAACACAGGGAUAGUGAAUCACACCCACUCAAGGAUGGGCUCCAUCAUGAGCACAGGAAUCGUCCAGGGAGCUUCUACUGGCCAGUCAGGUCCUAGCAGCAGCAGCUCUAACCAGCAGCAGCAUUAUCCCGUCACCAACCAGUUCACCAUGGGGGGACCCGCCAUCUCCAUGGCCUCUCCCAUGGCCAUCCCUAGCAACACCAUGCAUUAUGGGAGUUAAGACCUCGUCACCCCUCACCUCCGACCCCCUGCAUGACCUCUACUAGCCCCUCCCCCUGACCGACCAUAGCCAGAACCAGAAUACCAAAACCAGUGCUGUCAUGUUGUCCCUUCAGCACCUUCCUUCUUCUUUCUCCUUUACUGUCCAUCUCUCCAUCUAUCACUGGUGUUAUUCACUCAUAUCCGUCCCUCCCUGCCGCUAUAGACACUCUCUCCGUUUUGAGAGCUGUUCCCCUACUCCCUCCCUCCCUCCCUCAUCAUCGUGCAGCAGCUGCUAUGAUAUCCCCAGUCCAGCCAGAGGGUGGCAGCACCUCUACGUUCAACUGACAGACUGAUCAGCACAAGAAAUUGGCCGUUUUUUUGAAUGGAGAGCUGAACUGAUGUGAACUUUGUUUGACUGGACCUUUUUAUGCUUUACAGACGCAUACAUGUACACCUACACACACAUAUUGAACACAGAGACAUUUGUUGCAAAGAAGAACUCAUUGUACGACUGUACAGCAGGUAUCAUCUCUUUUAUCCGGGUUCCCUCACUCCUCUCCUCCCUUUUGGACAUUUGGCCUCCCAUAGUGCCGGUGUGAUGCCCCACCCUUCCCCCUCUUCCACCAAACACACACCCAACCCCAUCCACUACAGCCAGUCGCCAUCCCCCCUCCCCUCAUCGCUGGAUUGGAUGUCCCCCACUACAGAUCUACACUGAAAGGACGGGGCUUUCCUAUACAGUAGAACACUAUGAACACCCCUCACCGACCGCCAUUUUGUUUUCAUAUCGAGGCACUUCUCCACCUGCCUGUAGAGCCUCUCUCCUUAAGAGACGGCCCCAUUCCAGACCGCUAGCUCCACCCCCACCCCCACCCAAGUUGUUUGUCUGGUCGUCCAUAGUGGUAGUCUUUAGCCCAGUAGACCUAGGCUGUCCCUCAAGACCCCCUAUUCACUAUACAGUGCUCUACUUUUGACUAGAGCCACAUGGCCAAAUGAAGUGCACUAUAUAGGGAAUAAGGUGUCAUUUGAGACGUAGCCUAGAUGUCAGUGUGUAGGAGAACCCUGUAGAAUGUGAUCUUGAAGAAUACCACCUCUGGAACCCUGAUGUUAGAACCUCACCUCUGAUGGACUGAUUGACUUGUGAGGUGUGUCGUCCAAAACCAAUGAGCUUUGAGGACACAGCAGCAGACCCAGCCCCCCACUCCCCAUCAGGAUUGCAGUGAGCCGGAGUGGGCUGAUUGGAUUGAUGGAGGCAGGGGUGGGAUGGACCCACAGACUGCCAGUAUGGACCAAGGCCAGUGGUGUGGGCCGUUGGAGCAGCUGUAUCCUAGUUUACAUCCUCCCCAGUUUCCUUUCCUUCCUUCAUUUUCAGACUGAGGUGGGGAGUUUGGGAUAGAGGGGAGUAGGGAGUCACCUCUUUCCCUCCCCCCUCCCUCACUACCUAUGAUCUCCAGACUCUUAACAUAUCUAAACCUCACCCCUCCAAUCUCCUCCCUCCUUUCCUGGACAAGCCAAUUGCCCAACCUUCGUACAAAGACUUAAUGGACAUGUAUGCAUUGCUUCCAGUCACAAUUUAUGGACUGAGUUUAAUUACAUUUUUUUGAUUUAGCAAGUUUUAUGAAGAGAAAAUGUCUUGCUAGUUUGUAGGGUUAACUUUUUUUCAGUUGUCAUUAUUUGUUUUAUUUCUUUCACAGAAAAGCAACAAACAAAAAAAAGUAUAAAAGGAGUAAAUUAAAUGUUGGUGGAGAAGUCCCAAAAAAAAUC